AUGGAGAUGUGGAAGAAGCUGUAUAAGCAUGUGGUGUCUGUGAAAGUCAGGGAAUAUGUGAGAGACUACUGCAAAAGGAAUGGACUGCUAACCCUCUCUGUGUUUGCUGUCGUUACUGGCUGCGUUCUUGGGUUUGUACUUCGGACAUUCAACCUCUCCACACAGGCAAAGAUCUACUUCUCCUUCCCUGGUGAACUACUGAUGAGAAUGUUGAAGAUGUUAAUUCUGCCACUCAUCACCUCCAGUCUUAUGUCCGGCCUGUCGGCCAUGGACACGAAGGCAAGUGGCCGUCUGGGUGUCCUGACAAUAACUUACUACCUGUGGACGACUUUUAUCGCCGUGAUUGUCGGCAUCAUUCUGGUGCUGAUCAUUCACCCUGGAACGGGACAAGAGAAAGAUGGCCACCAUGGAGGCACGGGGCAUGUCAUGACCUCUGCUGAUGCUCUGCUGGACCUGAUCAGGAACAUGAUCCCAUCAAAUCUAGUCGAAGCUACUUUUCAGCAGUACCGGACGGAUUUGGUGCCAAUUGUUCAGAGCAUCAGUGAGAAAGAGUCUCAAGCCAACUUUGUGUAUGUGAUGCCUGAUUAUCACAACCCUCGCCUCGGCCAUCCCGUUUUCCUGGAGAUCACUCCUGCACCGGACAUCAAGUAUAAAAUGGUUCCCAGUACGAGCAAAGGCAUGAACGUGUUGGGGAUUGUCAUCUUCUCAGCCACCAUGGGUUUGCUGCUUGGGAAGAUGGGGGAACGUGGAUUACCGCUGGUCAACGUAUGCCAGUGCAUUAAUGAGUGCGUGAUGAAGAUAAUCAAUGCUGCCAUGUGGUACUUCCCCUUCGGCAUUGUGUUCCUGGUCGCAGGGAAAAUCCUGGACAUGCAUGACCCGGCCCACCUGGGAGAGAAACUCGGCAUGUACUUCAUCACUGUCCUCGCUGGUCUGUUUGUGCACGGCCUCAUCCUGCUGCCUCUCUUCUACUUUUUCUUCACUCGCAAAAACCCCUUUGCCUACAUUAGAGGCCUGUUACAGGCCCUAGUGAUUGCUCUAGCAACGUCAUCCAGUUCAGCAACUCUUCCAAUCACAAUGAAGUGUCUCCUGGAAAAUUGCGGGGUUGACCGGCAGAUAGCGCGUUUUGUCCUGCCAGUGGGAGCCACCAUCAACAUGGAUGGAACAGCCUUGUAUGAGGCUGUAGCAGCUAUAUUUAUUGCUCAGGUCAAUGAGCAUGACCUGGACUUUGGACAGCUGGUAACUAUUAGCAUAACAGCAACAGCAGCAAGCAUCGGGGCAGCUGGGAUACCCCAAGCAGGUUUGGUUACCAUGGUGAUAGUCCUGACCUCUGUUGGGUUACCGCCAGCUGACAUCUCUCUGAUAGUGGCUAUUGACUGGGUUCUUGAUCGAUUUCGGACAAUGAUCAACGUUUUGGGUGAUGCCUUAGCAGCUGGAAUUAUGGCUCAUUUGUGUAAAAAGGACUUUGAAAGAGCAGCUACCUCGGCUGCCACUUCUGCCACUCCUUCUCCUGCCAAUAAUGAAAGGAGAGACACAGUAAUAUCCUUUGGGAAUCAGAGUGUGGCCAUGUCCGACGCUCCGCUGAUCACUCACCGCUGCGACUACGUGUUCGAGGUGGAUGGGGACAAUGUGCUGGAGAGGCCUGUUCCAUGCUACAAUCUCUGCCAAGUCUGAGCCCCCUUUUACAGAAGGAACGGAAUGGGAUUCAUGAGAUUUAUUCGUCUCAAGAGGAAAUACUUGAAGCAAAGGGAAUUUAGUUCUUUGGGAGGAAAUAUGUCUUAGGCAAUAGGUCAGGUGUCAGGGCUGAGUGGCUUAACACAUAUUUGCCAGUGCCAUGCUGAAAAAGAAACCUCCUGUACUUUAUACACUGGGUGAGAAAGGUAUCUCAUGUGUAACCUGCAUUUUGGGUAUGAGUUAUUGUCUGAGAAAAAGGAGGUAUGAAUGUAUAUGACAUAACUGAACACUGAUAAGCCUGGUUUGACAGGCAGACACUGGACGGUCCUUAUAAAGCUGAUUCCAAGUUUGAUUUCAAGGUUUUAAGUUGCCUUAAUAUGAAGCUAAGAAAUGGAAAGACUUGAAAGUUAAUAACUAUUUUAGAAAAAAAAAACUUUAGACACUGUUUUAAAAAUGAUCAAUGGACACAA